AGGCCUGGCUUUGGGUUCCCAAAUCUCGCAGGUCCAAGAUUUCAGGGGUGGGCAUCACCACUGCCUGAUCGUCCCAGCUCAGUCCCUCCGCCCGCGGCAGUCACUAGGGGCGCCCGAGUGAGAGAACGCGCCCAGGGGCCUUGAGGAACCAAUCAGAUCGGCGCUACGCCGCGCGGCUGACCUCGCGUCCACCCUUGGCAGCCAAUCACAGGUCGCCGUGGGCUAGUGCGCGCCGGCCGGGGCUUUGGUGUUGGAGCGGCGGGGCCCUGGAGGUCGUGGUGCGGGGCUUCCCGCGCAGCGCCUCGCGGGCCGGGGCGUCCGGGGGAGGCUCAGGUACGCCUGCCGGGAGGGCCCCUCACCUAAAGUCCUGGAGGCUGCAGACCUCGCUACUGGGCUCUCCGACGCCUGCCUCGAAGCUCUGCCACUAGGGAAGGAGGAGGGAGGACCACUUCGUUGAGACCCAUUCAAAAAAGUAGGUACAGACGAAAUCCGGGUUUGUAGAUUAAGUCCCACUCCCAGUUUGGAGAUCUGCAGGCCCUUGGAGGCUUUAAAAAGCCAUUUUUCUGCGCCCCUCCCCUUCCCAUACAGCAAUAUCUUGUUUAUUUUGUUGGCUUUGUGCCCCCUUUGAGCCCCAGUGCAGCUCUCGGGGCUCCUAGCUAGCUAGUUUUGCUUUGAGCAGUGCUCGGUGGGUUGUGUUGUUUUGUUUACUGGGCUAUGGUGUUGGAAGGUAGCGUAUAAGGUGCUUAUAAUAACCACACAGACGACAGGGUUGAGGGAGUAGCUUAGUUGGUGGAGUGCUUGCUUGCCUAGUACUACACAAACCGGUUGUGAUGACCUCGCACCCAGUACUUGGUUAAGAGGAGACAGACGGCUGUUUCUUUCGUAUCAGAGCUAACAAAACGGAAAAUAAGCAUGAAAUAACUGGUAGGUAGUGAAAUGGAGUAAAAUCUUUUAACACGUAAAAUGUAACUAAAUCUUAAGAGGUUCUCUGUCUGUCUGAUUUACCCCAAGUAUGUGACUUGCAGCUCUUGGACUCUCUGAAGCUAUUAAAAGUUACAGCGUAUAUCUGCGGUGGCAGUGUGUGUGCAGUGCCGUGUGGCCACACUCAUCAGGAGCCACAUCAGAAAUGGAGCAGCCAUUCACGGUAGAUGAUGAAGACGAACAAGAUCCAGAACCACAGCCGAGGUCAGGAGAACCCAUUCAAGUCCUCGAUGACGAUGCUGCUGAAGAUGCAGAGCUGAUCUUCGUAGGGGUGGAGAAGGUAAAGGAAGAUGCUGAGCUUAUCUUUGUUGGGGUGACUUCAGCUUCCCAGCCAGCCAACUCGAACAUUUUGAACAGAGUCACCCCAGGUUCACGGUUAAAAAGAAAGCAUGACCGACUUAGAGCAACCACGACUCAGAGGUUGCAGCCCUCACGUCCUGCCGCCCCCACAUCAGAGGCCGUGGUUGUCUUGCCAGCAUCUCCAGCUGAAUCAAGGUCGACGGAUAGUCCUAUUGCUAUUGAGCCUUUGUCCGAGUCUGAUUAUAGAAGUAGUUCACCACAGGUUGUGCCUAGUAGCUCUUCCAAGUGCUGUUCGCCUCUGGUCACACUCUCAAGUUCAGAGAAUAGUCCAGUAAAGGCAGCGCUUUCAGGAGGAGAUCUGAAUGAAAAUUUGUAUGUAUCGAAGUGCCAUUUUUCCAUAAAUCCACAGAGGCCUGACCAUAGUAUUGAGAUUGUAGAACCACUUUCUUCAGCUUUGCCCCCUUCAGGUACCUUCCAUACCUCGAAUAUGCAACAGAGGACACCUUCCUUUGAUGCUCCCAACUCUCUGAGCCGUCUUGUGAAUGGGGCACCUCCUUCAGAGGACUCUGCCCACCCUCGUCAGGACAGUGGAUUGGCGGAAGCAGACUUUUCAAGUCCAGCAAGUCAAGAGACUUUUGAUCCCAAGAAAGGAAGUUUGACCCUGUUACUUAGUGACUUUUAUUAUGGACAGUAUAAAGGAGAUGGGAAGCCGGAGCAGAAGACUCACACAACCUUUAAAUGCCCCAGCUGCUUGAAAGCUCUAAAAAAUGUUAAAUUCAUGAACCACACCAAGCAUCAUUUGGAGCUCGAGAGGCAGGGGAGUGAGGACGCCUGGGAGAGCCACACCACCUGUCUGCGCUGCCACCGGCAGUUCGAUUCCCCGUUCCAGCUGGAGUGCCACAUCGACCGAGUGCACACGUCACCGGACCCUUCCGUGGUCUGCAAAAUCUGUGAGUUGUCCUUUGAGACCGACCAAGUCCUUUUACAGCACAUGAAAGACAAUCACAAGCCUGGGGAGAUGCCCUAUGUGUGCCAGGUCUGUAAGUACAGGUCGUCAGGCUUCGCGGACGUGGAGACACACUUUACAAAGUGCCAUGUAAACACUAAGAACCUGCUUUGUCCAUUUUGUCUUAAGAUCUUCAAAACUGGGAUGCCAUACAUGUGCCAUUACAGGGGCCACUGGGAAAGGAGCGGCCACCAGUGCUCCAAGUGCCGACUACAGUUUUUAACCUUCAAGGAGAAAAUGGAGCACAAGACUCAGUGCCACCAAAUGUUUAAGAAGCCUAAGCAGCUGGAAGGGCUGCCUCCCGAGACGAAGGUCGUGAUCCAGGUGUCCCUGCAGCCCGUGGAGUCAGAAUCUGUGAAGGUAGCAUCGAUCACUGUGAGCACAACUGACUGGGAGCCUUCUAACCCCCGACCUCAAGGCAGACUUUCACAGAAGCCCCAUUAAUUCUAACCUCAGUCAGAAUGAGAGACAGAGUACAAGCCUGUAGUACGUCGGUUAAUCGCUGGUACCUAAGAUGAUGAAUUGAUGAACAGUUGGGUUUUUGUGUGUGUGUGUGUGAUAAUGCAGGGUUUUGUCUGUUUAUUUUUUGAGGGUUUCUUUUGUUCUCAUUUAGUGCUGGCGCUGGAUCGGAGGCUUCACAAAUAAUAAGCAAGUGCUCACCCCUCCCCCUCCCCGGCUAAGGCAUUUUCUGAAUGAACUGUGAGUGCCAUUUGAAAUCCAUCUGGUUUUCAUAUUAAGUAUUUGGCUUGACAGGAGGAAGGUGUCUGUGUCCCUGUGAAUGGAAAACAAGUUAAACCUAUUUAUUAGUAUUUCAUCUAACCCUAAAGUUUGAGAGUUCUUUAAAGGUUUGACGUUUGGUGGGCAGGCUCACAAGGCCCCACCUCUCCCUGAAGAUCUGCGGGCAGUUAAUACUUGCGAAGGGAGGGAGAGAGACAUUGUUUUUGUUUCUUUUUUGAGAGACAUCAUCUUAAGUGGUAUAGCAUGGGUAAGUGGGCAGGCAUACGUCCUUUUCAGUCUUGAAGCCAAAGAAGGAAUCCUGCCUGAAUGCCUUUACCUAAAAGAGUAUCCAAGGAGGCCAAGCCAUUCCUGUAAAACGCCCGUGUCUGUGAAAGACCCCUGCAAACAUUCAAAGCACAGCUCUGUAUUCUCAGCGCCACAUGAAGCAGCAGCAACGGUAGUUAGAAAACUGGGGCGGAGCCCACGACCAUGGACUUUGUUUCGCUUGAUGCGUAGGGUAGCCAGAGUUAUCCACGCUGGUCCGUUUUGGCUCGCUCUGUUUGAAGAACUGGUCAUAUCCUCAUGGACCACAUCAGUAAAGCAAGUUGACCUUUCCUGAGGAAAGAAGCCCCGGCAUUUGCGGUUUGAAGUAUAUUGAACUUGAGUUAUAACUGAAAAGGUUUGGGAAAAUGGCAUCUGUCCAGUUUAUGACUUGGGCUGAACUUAGUUCUACUCUCAAGCUGUAAUAAGAACUUGCCCAAUAAUACUGGACAUAGCGUGGAAACCAGAGCAGGGUGGCUAGAAUUUAAACCCUCUCUGUGGUCUUUGUUUUUCAGUCCACGUGUGUGGUUGAGUGUGUGAAGCUUGCAAUUUGAUGCCCUGGUGCUUUUCCCCCACUUGGUGCUAGGGAUUAAACCCGAGCGAGGGCUCUGCCAUUGAACCAGAUCCCUAGUCACACUUUGUGUCUUGUCUCCUAUUUAAGUGGUUCUAAUGUCUGUAUAAGUUCCCUUUGUUGGAUGUGUAAUUUCCUAGUUGAUCACACUAAUACUGCUUGGGUCUUACUUGAAGCACUUUUGUGUGCAAGAUAUGUCCUAAAUGAAGACUUGCCUUCUCCUGCCUAUCAUACUACUUAGCUGGUCACCAGCCUCUGGAGGAACAACUUCUCCUAGAACCGUAGAGCAUCCUCUGAGGAUUGGUCUUCAACAGCUUCAGGAGCGCUAGCUCUUUCUGUACAUCUCUAGGGCUGUGUCCUUGAGCCUGGCCGGGGCUACCUGUUGUCCUCCAGCCCAGGUGACCAGCUGCCGCUGCCCAUCCCUCCAGGCGUCUGGGUAUAUGCUGGUUAGAGACACUGGUCCUGUUCCUUUCUUUAAAGGUAUCUUGUUGGGUGUGGUAGCACACACUGGUAAUAAGAGCUCUUGGGAGGCUGGGGCAGGAAGAUUUAAAGUUCAGAGUCAGCCUGGGCUCUUCAGUGAGUUCCAAAUUACACAGGAAACAAAAGAGGCAGUGUGGAUAAGUUCCUUAGAUAAUGUCCCUGUUCCAUUUUUCCCUUCCUCGGUUUAGUGAAAUUUCCCUAGAUUCCAUGAACAAAUGGGAAGAGGUUAUCCCCAGGCCUUGGUCUCUCCAGACUGAGGGAGGGACAGAGGUUGUGAGUAUCUUUUGUUUGCUCCGUGCUUGACCAUUGAUUGACUGUGAUCUGCCUUUUUACUAUUUUGAUGGGUCUUUUCAGUGUUUUUUUUUUUGGCCACAUCACACUUUUUAGCCUGUACCAUUCCUUUAGGUAUGGAAAGGGUAUUUGUCCCACUUGUUCUGGUGAAAAAUCCCGUUUAUGAAAUAAGUCUGCAGACUCAUAUAAACAUUACUGUCUAUAGUAAACUUAAGAACUGUCUUAGACCUGUGUCGAGUGUCUCCAGCCCUGCCUGUCGCAGUAGUUUUCUGUGUCACUAAAGCAUGCUCCUAAAGAGGACAGAAUUGUUUACUGCUAAGGGAGGCCCCAGGGCUCUGGCUCCUGCCUACCGCUUCUGUCCCCUGCGCUGCCCGACCCAACCUGACCUGUCCACUGCUGCUGCACUGUUUUGACCCCCCACUGAUCUUGCUAUUCCUCAGUAAAUUCCCAUUUUCCCCUGGUGCAGAGGCUGCCUGGGCUGCUGUCACAGCGCUUUCCCUAAGCCUGCAUGGCUGCUACCUCACUCGUGGUUAUGAAGCUUACUAAGAUUUUUAGAGUGACUAGAAAUGUCCCCUGCUUCUGAAGCCUCGUUUACUCCUUCUCUUGGAAGGCGACUUACCUCUCCCCGACUUACCCCGCCUCUGCAGUCUAGCUACAUUUCCUAGUCACAGACUCUGAGGAAGAAAUCGUUAGCAAGAGCUUUGGCUCUGUCUUAGAAGUGAGCUAGCUUAAGUGCAUUUUUGUGCCUCUUAAUACAAAGACGUAGAGUGAGCUGAGUCUCUGGACGCUUUGUUUUAUACCGACAGCUCCAUCUAUUUUGAAAGCAGUGUCACUUUGUUCUGUUUACACGUGUAUUAAAUAUUUGUCAAGAUUACUAUUUUGUUACUCUGUGAAGUUGGCUGCUUGAUUUACCAAAUGAAAGUUAUUUUGAUGUUGCCAAAGUUAUUUAUAAGAACUAGCAAUUAGAGGAAUAAAAAAGCAUUUUGUGGAAACCUUUUCUGUCUUUUUUUUUUUUUUUUACUUUGUGCACUGUGUAUUUUAGGUUAAUUUUUGUUUUGUGUCUUCUGCAGUUGAGUUUAUUUUACUGGUUAUAACUUCUAGUGAUAUGUUCAAUAAAGCUAAUUAGGCUUCUUUAAUUUCA